CUCGAAAACAACAGCUCGACCAGAUUUACACCAAAUCACACGUUCAGGCAGACCACAAGGACAACAACGCGCUGUAGUCCUCAUUCAACCAGCAGCUCGUUCAGCUCUCUGUGCCAGGGACACGCGCUUUUAACACGACACUUUCCCUUGGGCGCAUCUCGAACUUCCGAAGCACUGCACAAUGGCAGCGACAAGGCCACAAUCGUCAUCAGGCUUCCCUGACCCAACGCCAAUAAAUCUGACCCGGCUGCUAUCAAGGUUGGAACACACUGUCCUCGUUGAGCCGUCACAACAGCUCCGAAAGUCGCCCUACGAGCGGGCACGCAUUAGUGCAAACAUCGAACAUGCACGCACCCUUCUCCUCAGCCUCGAGCACUCGGCCUCUACGCUGCCCUCGAAAUCGAAGAAGUCAGCGCUGCAAGCAGACUUGCAGCAAAAGCGCAAGACGAUUAAGCAGUUAAAUCAACGGAUAUACGAGCUCAAUCAGCUGGACGAUACAGAGUCAGAAGCUUCGGUCGAUUCUGACGACGAGGAUGAGGAUCAAUUCCCUUCGUACGCACCGAGGAUCAUGACCCAGGACGGCAUAGACAUCACAUCGAAGGAGGGAGAGGGUAACGAGGCGCUGCAAAACGCUGCGAGGAACCUGACCUCGCAGAUGCGACGGAGAGGACAGGCACAGGAAGCUGGGGGGGCACAAGCAGCGUCAGGGAACUCACUGCAUCCCUCAAAGGCUACUACAACGACGGGCAACCCUUCGCUGUCGCAAACCGAAGCGCUCCUGUCGCACGACCGCAACGAGCAAGAGAAGCUCACGGAGAGUCUUCUCGAGAUGGCGAAGCAACUCAAAGCACAGUCGGUGCACUUUGGCAACACUCUAGACAGCGACAAGGGCGUUGUGGAUCGGGCAGUAUCAGGGCUGGACAAGAAUCAGAUCAACAUGGACGCCGCCAGCCAGAGAAUGGGCACGCUCAGGCGGAUGACCGAAGGCAAAGGCUGGUGGGACCGCAUGAAGCUCUACGCCAUGAUCGGCGGGCUCUGGCUGAUUGCGUUCCUCAUAGUGUUCGUGGGGCCCAAGAUACGGUUCUGAGCGCAGUACACUGACUUUGCUCCAAUGUUCUCUACUCACAGCAGCAAUAUACCCGAGCAUCGUACAGCCAAUAUCAGCUUUUCCACUUGUGGUGCAUCCAGCCGGCCUUACCGAGUGCAGAUGGAUGCGAUCGCGCGCACCUCGGCGAUCUGGGCCCUGCGCAAGCUUGCUUUCAGCCGCUUUAGCGCCGGACCGGUUGUCAAGCUGCCAGCUCAAGAACAACAGCACAUCCUCGUGUCUUUUCUACCCAUUUCUUUCAACCGAACGACCUAGACUGGGAGUUGCUGCAACAUGGCCGCUAUGGAAAUGCUUUCAAUGGGCUCGCGCUGUAUACUUCUGCCCAAUUGCUCGAUUGCGCACUGCUCUCAACUAACACCCGCCAGCGCUCAAUCACUCCAACAGCGAUGCCGAAGCAGAAUACGACCGCCUCCGCGAUCUCGCCCGUCAGGAAGCGGC